UGCAGUCUCUGAACAACUCGUGUACUAUGUCUGCAGUCUCUGACCAACUCCUGUACUACACCUGCAGUCCCCUACCAACUCCUGUACUAUGCCUGCAGUCUCUGACCAACUCCUGUACUAUGUCUGCAGUCUCUGACCAUCUCCUGUACUACACCUGCAGUCUUCGACCAUCUCCUGUACUACACCUGCAGUCUCUGACCAACUCCUGUACUACACCUGUAGUCUCUGAUCAACUCCUGUACUACACCUGCAGUCUCUGACCCCUCCCCUGUAAUAAUGUGCUGUAACCUCU